AUGAUGCGAUACAAAGAGGAAAAAGAAGCGAAGAAGGAAUCUUUUAGAAAAUAUCUGGAAACCAGUGGAGCUGUGGAUGCUCUCACCAAAGUUCUGGUUGCUUUGUAUGAGCAAAACGACAAGCCUUCUUCUGCCGUCGAGUUCAUUCAACAGAAGUUGAGCUGUCCUUCCAUCUCCGAGUAUGAAAAAUUGCAGGCUGAAUUCUCCGAUCUGCAAAUCAAAUACAAUGAGUUGUUAGCAGCGCACCAGAAAACCUGCAAAGAGAACUCCUAUGCUGACUAUUUGACGAACCCCUUUAAUCCUUUUUAUUUCCACGCCAAUGAAAGCCCUUCUCAAGCACUAAUUUUCCCUCCUUUAAAUGGUCAAAAUUAUCAUGCGCGGGCAAGGAUGAAAGUUGGAAGUCUCACCCCUCCCUUGAUGACGGACCCAUUAUAUGGAGUAUGGGAAAGGGAACUCGGUUAUCUUAGGCUCAUUAAGGAAAACUUUACCAUUAGGGGUUCAAAUCUUGAAAUCACUAAUCUAGGGAGAGCUAUAGCUAUGCCGAUCACCCCUAUCUUACUGAGGUUCGAAGAAAUGAAAAGUUCACAUGCCUUGGCAUCAGUAUCUAAGGAAUUGACUGACAGUGAAUCUCCAAAAGAUGAAUUUUGCUUGCUUCUUGGAUUACAAUCAAAGUUUGAAGUUGAAGAUUUGAUGGUCCCAAUCACUAUGAUUUUGGGGGAUACAAGUGAUGAUGAAGUUUGUCUUGUGUUUGAUCAUGUUAUUGAGUUGCAAUUGUGCGAACCGUGGCAGCACACACAUCUUUCUGUCCCCAACAUGGAACCUAAUGACAACCAACUCACCUCCUUCUUCCACCACCACCACCCCCACCCCCACCACCACCAUCACCACCAGCCACCGCCACCGCCGCCCGCCCCCGCCACCACUGCCUCCCCCACCAACGGCCUCUUGCCCAACGCCGACGGGUCCCACAUACUCUACCCUCACUCCGUCGCCUCCGCGGUGUCCUCACAGCUGGAACCAGCGAAGAGGAAGCGGGGGCGGCCCAGGAAGUACGGCACGCCGGAGCAGGCUCUCGCCGCGAAAAAAGCAGCUUCGACGUUGUCUCAGUCGUUCUCCGCGGACAAGAAGCACCACUCCUCGACGUUCACUUCUUCCUCUUCUUUCUCGUCCAAGAAAUCUCAUUCCUUCCCUCUAGGCAAUGCAGGGCAAGGGUUCACUCCGCAUGUCAUUGCUGUUGCUGCUGGUGAGGAUGUUGGCCAGAAAAUUAUGCUAUUUAUGCAACAAAGUAGGCGUGAAAUGUGUAUUCUGUCUGCAUCUGGUUCCAUCUCUAAUGCCUCUCUUCGCCAGCCAGCAACCUCAGGAGGCAACAUUACGUAUGAGGGUCGGUUUGAGAUUAUUUCACUUACUGGUUCUUAUGUCCGUAAUGAACUUGGGACUCGAACUGGUGGUCUCAGUGUAUGUUUAUCUAACACUGAUGGACAAAUCAUAGGUGGUGGAGUUGGUGGGCCGCUUAAAGCAGCUGGUCCAGUUCAGGUCAUCGUUGGAACAUUUUUUAUUGACAACAAGAAGGAUUCUGGUACUGGUCCAAAAGUUGAUGCCUCUGCAAGCAAGUUGCCACCACCAGCUGUUGAACCAGUAUCAAGUUUAGGUUUCCGCCAAUCAGUCGACUCUCCCAGUGGAAAUCCAAUCCGUGGAAAUGACGAGCAUCAAGCUAUGGGGGGAACUCAUUUCAUGAUUCAACAGCUUGGUUUGCAGGGAACGCCUCCUCGGUCCACAGACUGGGGUCGUCCGGAUCCAAGAAAUACCGGUUUUGAGCUGACAGGAAGGACAGGUCAUGGGGCGCACCAGUCUCCUGAGAAUGGUGGCUAUGAGCAAAUUCCCGAUUGA